UCGCUCGCCCUCGCGCGUCCCCGGCGCCGGCGGGACCAUGAAGAAGUUCUCUCGGAUGCCCAAGUCGGAGGGCGGCAGCGGCGGCGGGGCGGCGGGCGGCGCGGCCGGCGGGGCCGGCGCCGGCUCGGGCGGCUCGUCCGUGGGGGUCCGGGUGUUCGCGGUCGGCCGCUACCAGGUCACCCUGGAGGAGUCGCUGGCCGAAGGUGGAUUCUCCACAGUUUUCCUGGUGCGGACUCACGGUGGAAUUCGAUGUGCUUUGAAGCGAAUGUAUGUCAAUAACGUGUCAGACCUUAACAUUUGUAAAAGGGAAAUCACAAUUAUGAAAGAGCUAUCUGGUCACAAAAAUAUCGUGGGUUAUUUGGACUGUGCUGUUAAUUCAGUCAGUGAUAAUGUAUGGGAAGUGCUUAUCUUAAUGGAAUAUUGUCGAGCUGGGCAGGUAGUGAACCAGAUGAAUAAGAAGCUGCAGACAGGCUUUACGGAACCAGAAGUGUUGCAGAUAUUCUGUGAUACCUGUGAAGCUGUCGCAAGGUUGCAUCAGUGCAAGACUCCGAUAAUUCACCGGGAUCUGAAGGUAGAAAAUAUUUUGUUGAAUGAUAGUGGAAACUAUGUACUUUGUGACUUUGGCAGUGCCACUAAUAAAUUUCUUAAUCCUCAAAAAGAUGGAGUUAAUGUAGUAGAAGAAGAAAUUAAAAAGUAUACGACUCUGUCAUACAGAGCCCCUGAAAUGAUCAACCUUUAUGGAGGGAAACCCAUCACCACCAAGGCUGAUAUCUGGGCACUGGGAUGUUUACUCUAUAAACUUUGUUUCUUCGUUCUUCCUUUUGGUGAGAGUCAAGUUGCUAUCUGUGAUGGCAGCUUCACCAUUCCAGACAGUUCUUGUUAUUCCCAUAACAUACAUUGCUUAAUAAGGUUCAUGCUGGAGCCAGAUCCAGAACGUAGACCUGAUAUAUUUCAGGUGUCAUAUUUUGCAUUUAAAUUUGCCAAAAAGGAUUGUCCAGUCUCCAACAUCAAUAAUUCUUCUAUUCCUUCAGCUCUUCCUGAACCGAUGACUGCUAGUGAAGCAGCUGCUAGGAAAAGCCAAAUAAAAGCCAGAAUAACAGAUACCAUUGGACCAACAGAAACCUCAAUUGCACCAAGACAAAGACCAAAGGCCAACUCUACUACCGCCACUCCCAGUGUGCUGACCAUUCAAAGUUCAGCAACACCUGUUAAAGUCCCUGUUCCGGGUGAAUUUGGUAACCACAGACCAAAAGGGGCACCAAGACCUGGAAAUGGCCCUGACACUUUACUGGGUCAGGGGCCUCCUCAGCAGCCGCCCCCGCAGCACCGAGUCCUGCAGCAGCUGCAGCAGGGGGACUGGAGACUGCAGCACCUGCAGCCGCCGCUGCUUCAGGAUGCUUACGCGCAGCAGUAUCAGCAUGCAAUGCAGCAGCAGCACAUGCUUCAGCAGCAGCUCUUAGCGCACUCCGCGUAUCAGCCGCAAUCUGCACCACAGUACCCUACGAUGAUGCAGCAGUAUCAGCAGGCUUUCUUGCAGCAGCAGGUGUUAGCUCAGCGUCAGCAGUCGCGGCAACUGGCAUCACCUGAGUAUCUCACCUCCCCUCAAGAGUUCUCGCCAGCCUUGGUUUCCUACCCUUCCUCACUCCCAGCCCAGGUUGGAACCAUAAUGGACUCCUCUUACAGCGCCAGCAGGUCAGUUGCUGAUAAAGAGGCCGUUGCAAAUUUCACAAAUCAGAAGAACAUCAGUAAUCCACCUGAUAUGUCAGGGUGGAAUCCUUUUGGAGAGGAUAAUUUCUCCAAGUUAACAGAAGAGGAACUAUUGGACAGAGAAUUUGACCUUCUGAGAUCAAGUAAGGGACACUUGAAGGCUUAUUUUGCUUCACAGUAAAAUAACAGCUCUAUUAUUAUUCAGCAAGGCCAAAGACUGUUUUUGAGGGGGUGUAUAGAAAAUUCUUUUUGUGCAUUUGAGGGCAAAAUUCGGGCCAUCUUCUUUUACAUAUACUGUCAAGACUAUUUGUGUGCAUUAGAAAUCAGUUGCUUGAUAAUAGCUAUUAAAUCCAAGAUUGCUGAUAGUGUGCUGAUACCCUGACACUUAAAUACUGUAUAUUUGUGGACGUUAAAUUCAUAGUAUCUCCAAAACAUGGAAAAUUAAUGUUCAAGUAAAAAGGGAGAUGUUAUUAUCUUACCUUCCUAAUCAUUUUGCAACUCCGUCUUCUUGCACACUCAGCGGAAAAUAGUGUGGGUCUGAGAUGCCCUUUGAAAAUGCCUGAAAGAAAACGUGGGCUCCUACAUUAUGUUAAUGUUUCGCAAUCAGUGGUGACUAGGGCUGCUUUGUUGUCCUGAUACAGCAAAAGUUAAAUAAAUUCUUUUUCUCUUUAAA